CUUCACUCUAAAACUUGUUUUGAGAUAAUUUUGUAUUUAAAUGUAAUUAACAAUUUUUCCAAUUCUAUAUAGUACAUUUUCCCAGAAACAAUUCAUUGUUGCAUGGUGUUAUUGAUUUUGGACUCUAAGGGACGCUGUUGGUCAAUCCAACAUAAUCUUUGAAACAUUAACACACAGUCCCCUCCCUUGCUUCUCUGGCCUAUGAGAGAAAAGGAGAUAGUGUGCAUUAUGUGGGCUGACAGACAGAAAACAGACUCACAUGAACCGAUACAUCCGUUUAGAUAUUAUCUGUAAAAACAAUACAGUUUUUCCUUAGUGCUUCGUGAGUUUUAUUUUUCAAAAUAAGUGUCGUCCUUGGAUCGUUGUAAGGCAUUUUUUUUCGUGUUUUCAUUUAUUAUGGCAUGUGGAAUACGACCCUAUACCCGGUGCGAAAAAUGGCGUUUUGGCUGCGGACAGAACUGGCAUUUACUGCUGGUCCUUUUUUAUUUAAUUUGUAUGGUCAACGGACAUAUCCGAUAUUCAAUACCAGAGGAGAUGAAGAAAGGUUCCCUAGUCGGUAAUGUAGCACAGGAUCUUGGUUUGGAUCUGAAAAGGCUUCGUUCCGGUCGGGCCCGUAUCGUGACCGAAGAGAGCAUCCAGUACACCGAGCUGAAGACAGACAAAGGGAUUUUAGUCGUCAAUGAUAGAAUUGACCGAGAGCAGCUUUGUGGAGACGUGACACCGUGUAGUUUCAGCUUUGAGGUGAUUUUAGAAAACCCGAUGGAGCUAUAUCAAAUUACAGUUGAAAUAACAGACAUAAAUGAUCAUUCGCCCACGUUUAAAAGAAACAGCAUCCAUUUUGAAAUCAGUGAAUCCGCUAAUACUGGAUCUCGAUUUCCACUGACUAGUGCAGAAGAUCCAGAUGUGGGUGUUAAUGGACUCAGAGAAUAUUUUUUGACCGAGAAUGACAAUUUUGUUUUAAAACAAAACUCAAAUGCAGAUGGAAAGAAAUACGCAGAGAUGGUUCUUCAGAAGCCAUUAGACAGAGAGACAAAUCCUCAUCUGUCUCUAAAGCUGAUAGCUGUAGACGGUGGAAGUCCGCAGAGAUCUGGUACAGUAAAUAUAGAUGUGACUGUUCUUGAUAUCAAUGACAAUGCACCUGUAUUUAAUCAAUCUGUGUACAAAGCUACAGUGAUGGAAAAUUCUCCCAGAGAUACUUACGUUACCACUGUUAAUGCCAGUGACGCAGACAUCGGGUCAAACAGUAUUGUUACGUAUUAUUUUUCAGAUCUGAACAGUGGUCUAAGUGAUUUGUUUAGAAUUGAUGAAAAAACUGGCGUCAUUUCAAUAACAGGCUCUAUUGAUUAUGAAAAAGACAAAAAAUAUGAACUUAGAAUAGAAGGAAAAGAUCAAGGAGGUUUGACAGAUUCAAGUAAAGUGAUAAUUGAAGUUACUGAUGUGAAUGACAACGCCCCUACUAUUAGCGUCAUGUCGUUCACUAGUCCUGUGUCAGAGGACUCCCCUCCCGGUACAACAAUUGGCAUUAUAAAUGUAAAAGAUCUCGAUUCAAGUGAUAACGGACAAGUAAAUUGUAGAAUAGAACAAAACGCACCUUUCAAAAUAAAAUCCAAUUUAAGAAAUUACUAUACAUUGGUGACUGAUAUUGUAUUAGACCGUGAAAGUGUUUCAGACUAUAACAUCACUGUUGUUGCGACAGAUGCAGGAAUGCCUCCUCUGUCAACAAAAAGAACCUUUCAUUUAAAGGUCUCUGAUGUGAACGAUAAUGCCCCGGUUUUUCCACGAGGUGUUUACAGCGCAUUUAUUCCAGAGAAUAACUCUCCAGGCGUUUCUGUUCUCACUGUGAGAGCUAAAGAUCCUGAUGAAAACCAAAACGCCCGAAUAUCGUAUAUUUUGGAAGAUACUAAUACCGGUGGAUCUCCAGUUUCUGAGUAUGUUUCUAUAAAUGCAGAAAGUGGAGUGAUACAUGCAGUUCGCUCGUUUGAUUAUGAGCAAAUCAAACAGCUGGUUUUCAUUGUCAAAGCGCAGGAUGGAGGUUCACCUCCACUCAGUAGCAAUGUGACUGUUAAAAUACUGAUCCACGACCAGAACGACAACCCUCCUCAGGUUCUGUACCCAGUCCAGACUGGUGGCUCUCUGGUAGCUGAAAUGGUGCCUCGUUCAGCAGAUGUGGGCUAUCUGGUGACUAAAGUGGUGGCUGUUGAUGUGGACUCUGGACAGAAUGCCUGGCUCUCCUAUAAACUGCAGAAAGCCACAGACAGGGCGCUGUUUGAAGUUGGCUUACAGAAUGGAGAAAUAAGAACUAUCCGCCAAGUGACUGAUAAAGAUGCAGUGAAACAAAGACUGACUGUUAUAGUGGAGGACAACGGGCAGCCCUCUCGUUCAGCUACAGUCAUUGUUAACGUGGCGGUGGCGGACAGCUUCCCUGAAGUGCUGUCGGAGUUCACUGACUUUACACAGGACAAGGAAUACAAUGACAACCUGACUUUUUACUUAGUGUUGGCUCUGGCUGUAGUUUCCUUCCUCUUCAUCACGUGUUUAGUGUUUAUUAUAUCAGUGAAAAUCUACAGAUGGAGACAGUCUCGCAUCCUGUAUCACUCCAAUCUCCCUGUGAUUCCAUAUUAUCCACCACGUUACUCAGACACUUUGGGGACAGGGACUCUCCAACACGUGUACAAUUACGAGGUGUGCAGGACGACUGACUCCAGAAAGAGUGACUGUAAGUUCGGCAGAGCUGGUAGUCAGAACGUGCUGAUAAUGGACCCCAGUUCUACAGGGACGAUGCAGCGGUUACAGAAUGAAAAGAGCAUCCUGGAUGAACCAGACUCUCCUCUAGAGGUGAGGUGCAAGACGCAACUUGUUUAUUUUUGGAAUCUUUUUUUUGUCUGAACUGAAAUUAAAUUGCAAUGAGUCGUUGGAUGUAGUUUAAC